UAUUUUUAUAUUAAUAUGGAUAUAAUCUUGCAAAAUAAGUAAUAAACUCAAGCUAUAAAUAGAUGGCUGUUUCUAACGGCACAGCCCAUCAAUACAUAGCUAUGGAAUUCAGCUCUGCCCUCUAUGCAGCCAUUGCCUUCUUCCUUCUUCUCUACUAUUACCUCCUCUAUUCAAAGUCCGCUAAGCUAUCUACCCAAAAAUCCAAAUCGCCACCUGAAGCUGGCGGCGCGAGGCCUUUUACAGGCCAUCUCCACCUCAUGAAUGGCGGCACCUCCACCGGACUUCCUCACAUCAACUUAGCCGCCCUGGCCGACAAAUACGGGCCUGUUUUCACCAUCCGUCUCGGUGUACGCCGAGUCCUGGUCGUGAGCAGCUGGGAACUUGCCAAAGAACUGUUCACCACACGCGAUGUGGCAAUCUCCUCCCGUCCAAAUUUCAGAGCUGCCAAACACUUGAGCUACGACUUCGCCAUGUUCGCGUUCUCCCCAUAUGGCCCAUACUGGCGCGAGCUGCGCAAGCUGACCUCCGUUGAGCUGCUCUCAAGCCGCAGGCUUGAGCUGCUGAGCCACGUACGUGUGUCAGAAACUAUGCAGUCCGUAAACGAGCUUUAUAAGCUCUGGGAAGAGAAAAGAGACGGGUCGGGCCGCAUGUUGGUGGACAUGAAGCGAUGGUUCAAGGACUUGACUUUGAAUGUGAUUCUCAGGAUGGUGGCGGGGAAGAGAUACUGUGGUGGUGGAUCCGAUGCGGAGGAGACGAGGCGGUGCCACCAGGUACUGAGGGAGUUCCUCGAGUUGGCGGGGGCGUUUGUGGCAGCUGACGCCUUGCCUUAUCUAGGGUGGCUGGAUAUAGGUGGAUGGGAGAAAAGAAUGAAGAAAACUGCGGAGGAAAUGGACGGAAUUGUAGGAGGAUGGUUGGCGGAGCAUAGGGAAAAGGAAUAUUCCGGCAAGAAUCAGAAGCCGCAGGACUUCAUGGAUGUGAUGCUGUCAGCUGUGCGGAGCGCGGACCUUCAGACUCAAUAUGAUGCUGAUACCAUAAUCAAAGCAACAUGCCUGGUUUUGAUCAGUGGAGGUAGCGACACCACAACGGUCAUGUUGGUAUGGACACUCUCCCUCCUGUUGAACAAUCGUCAUGUCUUGAGAAAGGCUCAAGAAGAACUAGACAAGCACGUCGGGAGAGAAAGGCGAGUAAACGACUCAGACAUCAGCAAUCUAGUCUAUCUCAAUACCAUCAUCAAAGAGACUCUGAGAUUGUAUCCUGCCGCCCCUAUAGGAGGUAUACGGGAGUUCAUCGAAGAGAGCCAUAUAGGAGGCUACCAUGUCCCAAAGGGCACAUGGCUAAUAAUGAACUUGUGGAAGUUGCAUCGCGAUCCAAACGUGUGGGGAGACGACGCGUUGGAGUUUAGGCCGGAGAGGUUUUUGAGUAGAGACAAAAAUGUGGAUGUGAAGGGGCAUGAUUUUGAGUUGAUACCAUUUGGUGCAGGUAGGAGAAUUUGCCCUGGAGUGACUAUUGGGCUGCAAAUGUUGCAUUUGGUGCUGGCUAACUUAUUGCAUGCUUUUGAGGUGUCAACUGUGAGUGAUGAAAUGGUUGAUAUGAGUGAGAGUGCUGGAUUGACUAACAUGAAAGCCACCCCACUUGAUGCUCUUGUUGCGCCAAGACUAUCUCCUACUCUUUACAUAUAAUUAGGUUAAUUAAGAAUAUUUGAUUAUCUUUUCCUUUAUUUUCUCUUUUGUGUUUUUGUCUUUAAUAUGAGUGGGAUGUAUAAUCUGUUUCAGUUUGUCUAAGUUUGAAUUAUGUGUUAGCUUCUGUAUCUUGUAAUAUAUGUCAAGAAGUUAUUAUGAUCAGCACUCAACUGUAUAACUUUUGACAAUUAUGAGAGUUGGCAAUAAAGAAAAAAGAGUAAAAGAUGCUGGCAAUAAAA